AUGCAAGACGAAAAUUCUAGCAACAGUCUACCUCGAGAGACCCCUUGCCUGAGUUAUUGGCAACGGACAAUUCGGGCCUUUCCGCAUUUGUUUGCGAAUCAACACGUGCAGGUCCCUCCACGUAUCAAAUAUGUGGUUAUCGGAUCAGGGCUUUCUGGGGCGCUCACGACCUUUGAGCUGCUAGAAGCAGGCGUGAAGGGUGAGGAUGUACUUAUUCUGGAAGCGCGCGAAGCUGCCAGCGGUGCAAGUUCUCGGAAUGCCGGCCACGUCCGCCCAGAUGCGUUUCGUGGGUUCAAUGCCUACUCGAAGGUUCACGGGCCAGAACAGGCGUUGAAGAUCAUUGCCAACGAGCGACUUGUUCUGGAGAAGGUGGAUGAGUUCGUGAAGAAACACAAUGUACAAUGCGAUUUCAACUUGACGUCCACUUUUGAUAUCUGCAUGACGUCUGAAUUUGCCAAAUACGAAAAUGAGAGUCUUGAGGCUUAUAAGCAGGCUGGAGGAGAGACUUCGCAUAUCGUGUGUUAUGAAGGCGAGGAGGCCAAAGACAAGACGAGGGUUUCUAAAGCAGUUGCAGCUUACGAGUGGCCUGCGGGAUCCUGUCAUCCUGCAAAGUUGGUUCAGUUUAUCUUGCAAUCCGUAAUCGGAAGGGGCGUGCAGCUAUUCACAUUUUGUCCUGCCACAGCGAUAAAGCAAAACGGAUCCGAGCUGGAACAGUGGGAUGUACAUACCCCACGUGGCACCAUCACAGCUGAAAAGAUCAUCCACUGUACCAACGCCCAUGCAGCACUUCUACUUCCUCAGCUGCAAGCGUAUAUGCGGCCAAACCGUGCCCAAGCCCAUUCUUUGGUUCCAACCCCGGCCUUUACAGCUCAAAAUAUUCUUCAGAAGACCUUUUCACUCCGCUAUAGUCUCUACCACUUCUACUCUUUAAUCCAACGCCAAGGUGACGGUACACUCAUUCUAGGAGUCUCAAGAUCAAAUCCUACUUUGAGCCCUGAAACCUUGGCUAGUCGCUUCAGCACCGAUGAUGGACACUACAACCAAGAGAUUGCUCAUGAUGCGCUACAUAGUUUCCAGAGAAUAUUUCCUGACUCUGUAUCACAGUAUGCUAAACACGGUGAAGGGUUGGAUCAUUCAUGGACAGGGAUUAUUGCCAUGACACCUGAUUCUGUUCCAUUUGUUGGUGCUAUCGAAUCUCUACCUGGCCAAUACAUUUGCGCUGGAUUUAAUGGGCAUGGGAUGGCACGAAUUUUCACCAGCGCCCCAGGCGUUGCGAAACUUGUUUUGGGGCAUGAAUGGAGCACUACGGGGCUGCCCGAAUGCUUCCAGUAUAGCCGAGAGAGAUUGUCUCGACUUGCGGAGGGUGGGCUUCCUUCUAUCUGGUAG